AUGGCCGAAAUAUUCUUGCGUGGUCAUAUCACCGACAAUAUGAUCUACAACUGCAGCGCUCUGUCAUUUGAGCAGGUAGAGAUCAGCCAUUCCGUUCGGAGACCUAUUUGGGGAUUAAUUGCUAUUGCUUACGGAACAUGCUCUGUGAUUUUGUAUUCCCUCUGCGUCCUAGAAAUGAAAGAACCAAAGAAUUAUCAAUUUGCUUGUUAUAAGAUGAUGUUUUACAAUGGAUUCGUAGACAUAUUGGCAACUUUCCUGAACAAUGUGGUUGUUGGUUACUGCAUAUACGCAGGUAUUUCGUUUUGUGAUGCGCCUAAUCUCCUCUACUUGACGGGAACAAUUGAUACAGGGACCUGGGGAACUUACUCGGUUCUGUGUUUAGUGCUAGCUCUCAAUCGGAUACUCGAAAUAGCAGAAGUCAGCCCGCAAAAAAUAGAAAAGUUUUUUUCAAACGCGAAAAUAUACCUCUGGAUUGUAUUCGCCAUGCUCUAUGGAGUUUAUUUCUUCAUCUUCGUAAAACCACCUGUUUAUGUGAACACUUUUGGAAUUUUGUCCUUCGAUCCUUUCAUUUAUGAGAACAAAGCUGAUCUGUAUGAUGACAAACUCAUGGUUUUCAACAAUCUUUUUAUUGUCGUAUCAACCUUCUCAUUUUAUGCAGUUUUCUUGGUUGUACUAUGUAGAAGAUACAAACGGUCUUCUGUUGGAGAAAAGAAACAUCAUCAGGUAUUCUUUCAAACGAUCACAGUCUGUGGACUGAAUCUCUACAUAGCCUUCUCAUGUUUGGUCUACCAUCAUCUUCAAGCUAUUCCAAAAGAAUUGGCUCAGAGCUGGGUUAUUGCGUAUCAACUCUCAACAGGUAUCAAUUGA